AUGCUGCUGAUGUUGUGGGUGUUGGAAUCCACUGCCUUCACAAACAGUACAGAAGUCUCAACCUUCGCAGUGCGGUCUUCUGCAUCGUCUCGAUCUAUAUCACUCCGGAGCGACCUACACGUUCUUCUGAUUUGUGUAGAGGCAAGAAUAACACGCAUAGACGAGAAAAACAAACAGGGAACGACAGGGUCCAGCAGGAUGGAACAGUCGAAGGACACAACAGGCCAACAUCCCCUGCGUCUCCACCCCGUCGACUUCGUGUGGCUUCAUCAGGCUCUCAAGUCCAGCAGGAUGGAACAGUCGAAGGACACAACAGGCCAACAUCCCCUGCGUCUCCACCCCGUCGACUUCGUGUGGCUUCAUCAGGCUCUCAAGUGUGAGGUCUCCGAUGAUGUGCGCUGCUGCUCUGCUGUGCAGCAGCCCACGCGGAGAGCGCCUGCCGCCGCAGUUGGCGCGUCAGACCGCAUAGGACGGGCGCUGGCCUCCAUGCGGAAGGCUUUCAACGAGGGGUCCGCGGCUGCUGGCCGAGGAAGCGUGCGAGGCGGCGCCGCCGGAGGUGACCUCAGGGGCAAGAGGCUUUCUGAGCCCAAGCAGCGGGCUUUGAGAGUUGGGAGCGAUAUGCUGGAGGGGUUGGAUGGGGAGGAAGACGAAGAUGAUGAUGACGAUGAUGAGGGUGAUGAGGAGCUGGAGGCGGACUUAGAUGAUGAUGAAGAAGAUGAUGAUGAUGCGGAGGACGAUGCGGGAUAUGCAGAUGAAGACUAUGACCCUAUUGCACCCAGGGGGCCUCUUGAAAACAACAACUAUGGGGAGGAAAGGAGUGAGCCGAUAGCGUCGCUGCCGGGGCACCGCCGGCUGAGUCCCGCAGACGUGUUAAAAGAAGUGGAGGAGGCCCGCCGUUAUGGUGUGAACGCCUUUAUGCUGUUCCCCAAGGUGGACGAUGACCUCAAGAGCCCCCUGGCGUGGGUGGGUGGCAGGCUUCUGGCUGACCAGUUGAUACCGUCAAGUGUGGCAUCUGGGGGUGUUUGCUUGGCAGGUGAGGAGAGCAGCAAUCCCGAUGGGCUAAUGCCUCGUAUCAUCAUGGCAAUCAAGGAUGCCUUCCCAGAUGUUCUGGUGCUCGCUGACGUUGCUCUCGACCCCUAUAGCACUUCAGGCCAUGACGGCGUUGUCGACGAGGAAACAGGAGUUGUACUUAAUGACAUGACAGUCUACCAAAUUUGCAAACAAGUUAGUCCCCCUGCGGUUGCUCUUUAG